CGCAUGUCAACAAAACACGUGUGGAAGAGGCAGAAGGAGCUCGUGGGGUGGCGAUAGAGUCGUGAGCGGCAGAUCGGGGGCAGUAAGUGUAGAUUAGAUGCCCCGAGGUUCACGGUUAGAGGGCAAAGAUGAAGUUCGCUUAUAAAUUCUCAAACCUUUUAGGAGCGGUGUAUCGUCAGGGGAACCUGAGUUUCUCCCCAGAUGGGAACAGUGUGAUCAGCCCAGUGGGAAACAGACUGUCAGUGUUCAACCUGAAGAAUAACACCUCAGAGACGUUACCCAUCGCCACCUCAAAGAACAUCAGCUGUGUGGGAGUUUCGCCUGACGGGAAUGUUGCUGUGGUGGUGGAUGAAGACGGAGCGGCCCUGCUGGUCAGCCUGGUCACUCGAGCCGUCCUCCACCACUUCCACUUCCACAGAGCCGUACACAGCGUGUCGUUCUCGCCUGACGGCAGGAGGUUUGUGGUGACCAAGGAGAACGUCGCCCUGAUGUACCACGCUCCAGGAAAACGACGCAACUUCAACGCCUUCGUGCUGGAUAAGAGUUACUACGGGCCGUACGAUGAGACCACCUGUAUCGACUGGACCGACGACUCCAAGUGUUUCGUGGUGGGCAGCAAGGACAUGUCCUCCUGGGUGUUUGGAGCAGAGCGCUGGGUGAACCUCAUCUACUACUCCCUGGGGGGGCACAAGGACGUGAUGGUGGGCUGCUUCUUCGAGAAGGACAGUCUGGACCUGUACACAGUGAGUCAGGACGGGACGCUGUGUGUGUGGGAGAGCGACACGGGGCUGGACGGCCUCUUCCUCAGCAGGAAAGAACAGAAAGCCUCGGCACAGGAGGAAGAUGAGGAGGAGGAGGAGAGAGGCGAGGGGGAGGUGAUCAGAGGGAAAGUGGAAUCCCAGAAGGACAAGAAAGAGAAGAACGUCCGAUACCGACAGAGGAGCAAACACUUCUUCAACAAAGAGGGAGACUUUAACAAGCUGACCGCCGCCACCUUUCACAAACAGACACACCUCCUGGUUACCGGGUUCGAGUCUGGGGUCUUCCACCUGCACGAACUCCCCGAGUUUAAUCUGAUCCACUCUCUGAGUAUUGCGGAUCAGAGGAUUUCGUCUAUAGCAAUAAACUCCUCCGGGGACUGGAUCGGCUUUGGCUGCUCGCGGAUGGGGCAGCUGCUGGUGUGGGAGUGGCAGAGCGAAUCGUACGUCUUCAAGCAGCAGGGACACUUCAACAACAUGGCGACGCUGGCGUACUCGCCGGACGGACAGUACAUCGCCACAGGAGGAGACGACGGCAAAGUGAAGGUGUGGAACACACACAGCGGACUCUGCUUCGUCACCUUCACCGAACACAGCAGCUCCAUCACCGGCAUCACCUUCACCUCCAGCGGCUUCGUCAUCCUCAGCGCCUCCCUUGACGGCACGGUGCGCGCCUUCGACCUGCACAGGUACAGGAACUUCCGGACGUUCACGUCUCCCCGCUCCGUGCAGUUCUCCUCCCUGGCUGUAGAUGCCAGCGGAGAGCUGGUGAGCGCCGGAGCUCAGGACUCCUUCCAGAUCUUUCUCUGGUCCAUGCAGACGGGCCGUCUGCUGGAGGUCCUGGGGGGUCACGAGGGUCCGGUCAGUGGUCUGAGCUUCAGCCCGGUCCAGUCGGUCCUGGCCAGCGUGUCGUGGGACCGCACCGUGCGGCUGUGGGACAUGAAGGACAGCUGGCAGGUCAAAGAGACCCUCGCUCUGAGCGCCGACGGCCUGGCGGUGGCGUACCGGCCCGACGGCCUGGAGCUGGCGGUGGCCACGCUGAACGGAGAGAUCUCCUUCUGGAACCCGCAGAGCGCCGCGCAGACCGGGUCCGUGUCCGGGCGCCACGACCUGCAGACGGGCCGCAAGGAGACGGACAAGAUCACCGCCAAGCAGCUCGCCAAGGGGAAGUCCUUCACCUCUCUGUGUUACUCGGCCGAUGGGGAGUCGGUGCUGGCCGGGGGUCAGUCCAAGUUCGUUUGUAUCUACAACGUGAAGGAGCAGAUGCUCCUCAAGAAGUUUGAAAUCUCCUGCAACCUGUCGUUCGACGCCAUGGAGGAGUUCCUGGACCGGAGGAAGAUGACGGAGUGGGGCAGCCUGGCGCUGGUGGAUGAAGGGGCGGGGGAGGAGGGGGGCGUGGACAUCAGCCUCCCCGGGGUCCGCAAAGGCGACAUGAGUUCCCGCCACUUCAAGCCGGAGAUCAGAGUCAGCUCGCUGCGCUUCUCCCCGACAGGGCGCAGCUUUGCGGCGGCGUCCACCGAGGGUCUGCUGAUCUACUCGCUGGACAGCUCGCUGCUCUUCGACCCCUACGACCUUGACCUGGACGUGACCCCGGCCGGCGUGCGCAGACAGCUGCAGCUGCAGGAGUGGACGGCCGCCAUCGUCAUGUCCUUCCGGCUCAACGAGAAGCUCCUGAAGCAGGAGGUGCUGGAGGCGGUGCCGCACCAGCAGAUCCGGGUGGUGUGCAGCUCUCUUCCUGACGUGUACGUGGAGAAGCUGCUGGGUUUCGUGGCGUCCUGUCUGGACUCGUCGGCUCACCUGCAGUUCUACCUGACGUGGGCUCAGAGCCUCCUCAUGCUGCACGGGCACAAGCUGAAGAACAGGUCGGUGGCCAUGCUGCCCACGCUGCAGGCGCUGCAGAGGAGCAUCCAGAGACACGUCGACGGUCUGUCCAAACUCUGCGACUUCAACAUGUACAACAUCCGGUACGCCGUCGCCCUCUCCAAGCAGAGAGGAGUGAAGCGUGGCGCCGAGGAGGACGAGGAGGAGGAGGAGGAAGAUAAAGAUGAAGGGCUGUCUGAGGAGAUGAGUGAAGUGUCUGUGGAAGACAUGACGCUCUAGAUGUCUUCGAUAUUUUGUAAAGUUGUUUCUUAAUAAAUUUUUAUGUAAAAGUG